CGUAAACUUUAAUUAAACUUCGUGGAUGGUUCAAGACAAUAGUCUGAUUGGUAGGCUAAACAAUCACACUUCUUUGACAAAACUUUUUAUAUUGCUUUCUGAGACGGUGCUGCUUUACUCUUGAAAGUCUAUUAAGUACGAUGGCUUCUUCUUCCAGAGCUGUUGGAUCGAGGAAGCAUGAUGUUUUCCUCAGUUUCUGUGGCGAGGACACCCGGAUCACAUUUGCCAGUACUUUACAUGGAGUUUUGAAGCGGGAAAAUAUAGAUGUUUUCAUUGAUGAUGAACUUAACAGAGGAGAGGAGAUUUCGUUAUCUGUUGUGACUGCAAUUGAAGAAUCAAUGAUUUCAGUUAUAAUUUUCUCGAAAGGUUAUGGGUCUUCAAGAUGGUGUCUUGAAGAACUUGUGAAGAUCAUGAAGUGCAACAAAACGCAAAAACUGUCGAUAAUGCCAGUUUUCUAUCACAUAGAUCCAUCAGAAGUAAGGAAUCAAACUGGAACUUUUGGAGAUGGCUUUGCCAGGCUUGUAGGAAGUUUUGAUGAGGAGAAACUAAAGAAGCUACAAAUGACAGAAGAACAAUUCAAGGAAAAGGUUCAUGCAUGGAAGAACGCUUUGACAGACGCAGCCAACAUAUCAGGCAGGACAUCAGAUCGGAAAACAUUUCUAAUGCAAUUGAAGGCAUAUGUUUAGACAUGUCUAAACAAGGAGAGAUCAUAUACUUAGAACCUAGUGCAUUAGCAAAGAUGAAUCAACUUAGACUCUUUAAGCUGCAUAAUGCACUCAAUGAAGAGAUUGAUAUUAAUAAGGUGCACGUUUCCCAAGAGCUUCAUUAUGUUUCGAGUAAACUACGAUACUUGUGUUGGCAUGGAUGUCCAUUGAAAUCAUUGCAGUCAAACAUUUUUUCCAAGAACUUGGUCGCCCUUGACAUGCAUUAUGGUAGUAUUGAACAACUGUGGCCUACUGUCCGGGCAAUAAACAGUAACAUCUAUAUUA